AUGGUCUCGCUACUAGGUCUUCUACCGUUCCUCUCAGUCUCAUAUGCGCUAUCAAUUCACCCUCCUGGUCAGGUUUCUGCGACACCGGGGUGUGGUAUUGCUCAAGACUCCCUCAUUGAAACCCAAAACUCAACUCGCUUCACCAUUUCUUCGUCCGGUAGAGAACGAGAGUUCUUCAUUCAUGUCCCCUCAACCUACAAGGCCCACAGCCCUACCGGCGUGAUUUUUUCCUUCCAUGGCAAUUCUCGCACCGCACAGUACCAAGAGGCCUUGUCGCAAUUCUCCGAUCCAACAUUCAACCCCGACCACAUCGCUGUCUAUCCUCAGGGGCUCAAUAAUUCCUGGCAAGGUCCGUCCUAUGCCGUCCCCGGCGCCAAUGACCUCCAGUUUACAACUGAUCUUAUCACCUAUCUGAGCGACAACUUCUGCGUCGACAAAUCCCGUAUCUAUGCCUCCGGGAAAUCCAACGGCGGUGGCUUCGUCGGGACACUCGCGUGUGCACCGGAAGGGGGCAAAUUCGCGGCCUUCGCACCCGUUUCUGGUGCCUUCUACACUGAUAACCCAGAAACACAUACACAGUGUACUCCGUCUCGAGCUGAGAUCCCAAUCCUCGAAUUCCACGGCGGGAACGAUACCACGAUCCGGUACACGGGUGGCACUGGUAAAGGCGGACUUUUGCCAGACAUCGAUCAGUGGCUGGGCUGGUGGGCCGAAAGGGAUGGGCUCUCUGAGAAGAAAGUCCUAUCUGAAUAUGGGGGUGAAGUCCAGCACACAGUGUAUGGGUCUGGCGCCCGCACUGGGCUGGUUCAAGGAUACGAGAUCGAACAUCUGGGUCAUGAUUGGCCCAGCACAAAGCCAAAUCUCGAUUCUGAUACUCCCACCGUCAUUGAGGCUACAAAGGUCAUUAUGAAGUUCUUUAGGCGGUGGACGCUGUAG